AUGAAGACGUUUGGAAAAGUUGUUUUGGAUUCCAGUGCAUGUAAUAUACCAAUUCAUAAUAAAGGAAACAUACAAGCUCAGAUAAUUGUACCUCCGCAAACAAACAAGUUUGAUAAAGUUAGUCUCAAGUUUAAACAAACAAUACAAACAAAGCUGACAAGCGUCCGAGGCUGUACUUUCCUCCCUGAUGGUAAGAUGGUAUUAGCGUGUCGAAGUCCUAGUAAUCAGAUGAAGGUGUUCAAUCCAGACGGAUCAGUAGAUUUCGAUCUGAAAGAAAUUGGAUUUGUUUGUGACGUGGAAUAUGUGGGAGAUAAUUCGGUAGCUGUAACAUAUGGUAGAAAAUCCUUAAAAAUUAAUAUUAUCGAUGUUCAAACCAGAAAACUAAUGAAAGCAUUGUACGUCGGCUCUAGCAACAAUGGAGUAACAUUCAAAGGUGGAAAAUUGAUUUAUUGUGCAGGAGAUCAGGGACUAAACAUGAUCAGUCUCAGUAAUGAAUCUAUCACCAGUAUCACCACUACUAAAAUGUCAAGUGAUGCCUGUGUAGCUUCCCAAGGUAACAAGCUGUUCUACACAAACGAAGAUAAUCACAAUGUCAAAUGUUGUGAUAUCCAAGGUAAAACACUGUGGACAUUCAAGGAAAAACGUACUCUAUCCUAUCCAAUGGGUAUAUCUGUCGAUAAUGGUGGGAAUGUAUAUGUAGCGGGAUUUUCGUCUCACAAUGUGGUCGUUAUUUCCACAGAUGGUCAACGCUGUAGACAACUUUUAUCGGCGAAAGAUGGUCUUCACUGUCCAUCAGCUGUUGUGUACGAUCGAACGAACAAUAAACUUCUAAUUUCUAAUUAUAACGGAAGCGCUUUUGUGUAUGAUGCAGUAGGAGAAUAA